GCUUCCACCUCCUUUUCCUCCCUCCCCUCCCAGUCCCCUCCGGACGCUGCCGAGUGUGGAAACUAUUGGCCGCUGCCCCUUUAAGAGCCGCCACUCCCCCCAUUACCCCCAGCGGUGGCACCCAGUGUGUGUGUGUGUGUGUAUGGGGGGGGGUAAUGGGGGGGCUGAGCUUUCUCUCCCGGUCCACCAGGGAAGAAGAUGGCCCGGGCCAAGGCGAUCUCUCCCACGCCCCACUGCCCUCUCCCCUAAGCCGCGUGAGCCGAGAGCCCCCUUCCCUCCUUCCCUCCGGCCCGCCCCGCGCGCCACGCGGUGAUGGCUCCGCGGACCGACGGCAACGGCUCCCUGGCCUCGUGGCCGGAUGCCCCUACCCUGGCGCCCCACGCCGCCAACGCGAGUGGCGGGGCGCUGUCCGGGGCGCCGUGGGCAGCUGCGCUGGCGGGGGCGCUGCUGGCGCUGGCGGUGCUGGUCACCGUGGGAGGCAACCUGCUGGUCAUCGUGGCCAUCGCGCGGACGCCGCGGCUGCAGACCAUGACCAACGUGUUCGUGACUUCCCUGGCCGCCGCCGACCUGGUGGUGGGGCUGCUGGUGGUGCCGCCGGGGGCCAUCCUGGCGCUGACGGACCACUGGCCCCUGGGCGCCACGGGCUGCGAGCUGUGGACCUCGGUGGACGUGCUGUGCGUGACGGCCAGCAUCGAGACGCUGUGCGCCCUGGCUGUGGACCGCUACCUGGCCGUGACCAACCCGCUGCGCUACGGCGCGCUCGUCACCAAGCGCCGCGCGCGCGCCGCCGUGGCCCUGGUGUGGGCCGUGUCCGCCGCCGUGUCCUUCGCGCCCAUCAUGAGCAAGUGGUGGCGCGUGGGGACCGACGCCGAGGCGCAGCGCUGCCACUCCAACCCGCGCUGCUGCGCCUUCGCCGCCAACGUCACCUACACGCUGCUCUCCUCCUCCGUGUCCUUCUACCUGCCGCUGCUCGUCAUGCUCUUCGUCUACGCGCGGGUGUUCGUCGUGGCGACGCGCCAGCUGCGCUUGCUGCGCCGGGAGCUGGGACGCUUCCCGCCCGAGGAGUCCCCGUCGGUGGCGGCCUCGCGCCCCCGGUCCCCAGCGCAGGCGGGGCCCUCCGACAGCCGCCGGCCCGCGCGCCUCCUGCCCCUCACGGAGCACCGGGCCCUGCGCACCCUGGGGCUCAUCAUGGGCACCUUCACGCUCUGCUGGCUGCCCUUCUUCGUGGCCAACGUGGUGCGCGCCCUCGGGGGCCCCUCGCUGGUCCCCGAUCAGGCUUUCCUGGCCCUGAACUGGCUGGGCUACGCCAACUCUGCCUUCAACCCGCUCAUCUACUGCCGCAGCCCCGACUUUCGCUGCGUCUUCCGCCGCCUGCUGCGCCGCUGCCCGCGGGAGGAGCGCCACCGCCGCGAGGCCGCCGGCUGCCCUGCCUGGACCCCGGUGACCCCAGCCGGCCCCUCCGAGCCCCGGCAGUGCCCCCCGCGCGGCGAGGCUUCCUGGGGAAUUUCUUAGGCCUUGAAGGACAAGGAACAAGAGCUCCGUUGAUCAUUGCUCCAGAACCUUUGGAAAGCUCUGGUCUCUGUUUAGAAGGAGCCCCGUGGAGUUCCCCAACUGGAAAACUCUGCCCUCCUGAACCUGAGGACUGGGCCACAGAUGGGGAGGUGGGGACUGCCUGGGAGGAGAAUCCUUACCAAGUGUUUUUUAUUUUAUUUUAUUUUAUUUUAUUUUAUUUUAUUUUUUUAUUUUUUUUUUUUUUACCGUCUUCUCUCUUUCUUUCUGAGAGAGGAUUUUUAAAUCCCAUCCCUGAAUUCAGCAAUACCUCAGCAGCUAGAGAGUUGGGCUGCCGGUGCUCAGCUGCCCUUGGAGCCGGCAGGCUAGCUUUGGCUGGCACCUUGCUCACUUGUGUGCAUGUGCUUAGGGCAGAGAGAGAGAGUACCCCUCGUUCUAUUCCUUCUGCUCCCCCUUAUCCCCCCCCCUCUGACCUGAUGAACCACUCAGUGCCCUCUAGGCGUGGCAGCCCAGGCUGGGAGCGGGAAGCUAAAAAAGGUCAAGGUUUGGGGUUUUUGUCCCUGGCUUC